UGGAGAGAGAGAGAAGAGAGAGAAACAGCAGCUCCAUUUUCGAUCGAGAGAGAGAGAGAGAAACAACGAGCGAGCGAGCGAGCGAAGGAGGGAGCCAGAGAGAGAGAAAGGAGAGAGAUUUGUGCUGUGUGCUUAUAUAGAUUUCGAUCCGUUUCUGUUUUGCCAACCGAGACGAGAGAGGAGCGAGCGGGGAAGAAGGGGGAGGAGGAGGAGGAGAGAGAGAGAGCAGAGAGAGGAGAGAGGAGAGAGAGAGGGAAAGGAGAGCCUUCGCAUCGCGUCGCGUCGCGUCUUCUUCGCCCUUUCUCCCUUGCCGGAGGGAGUUCGCAUCCUCCGUUUUUCCGAUCCCCGUUCCUCCCGAAGCUUUCCUUCCGGGAUUCCCCCCCACCCACCCUUCCUCCCACCUUUCUUUUCCACCCUUCCCGAAGCCGCCGGCGGUUGGGUCGGGUGCUCCGUUCGGGGUUCGGCGAAGAUGAAUAUGAUGCGCCGGAUCAAGAGCAUUGCGUCGGGACGCACCUCCAUAUCCUCCGAGCCCGGUGGGGAUUCUGGUACAAAAAGGGUGAAGGUUGAUCAAGAAGCUCAUCACAGGGAUAAUGUGGACCAGCUUUUGCACUCUGUCGAGAGAGGUGCUACAGGUCUAGAGCAGCACAUGGCUUCCACAUCUUUGGAAGCGGUUGCAGGAACUUCCAGUAAAUCGUCAGUUUCUAAACACAGUGAUGAUCAGGUUCAUAGAGGAGGGCACGAGACAAGAAUUAAAGAUGACAAAGCAUUUCAUGAUGACAAGGACUGUGAACCAGCUGUAAUUAAUGGACAUGGAACUGAAACAGGCCACAUUAUUACAACAACAGUUGGUGGCCGAGAUGGACAACCCAAACAGACUAUCUCAUAUAUGGCAGAGCGUGUAGUUGGCACUGGCUCAUUUGGUGUUGUCUUUCAGGCAAAGUGUUUAGAAACAGGGGAGACCGUUGCUAUCAAGAAGGUGUUGCAAGAUAAGAGAUAUAAGAAUAGAGAACUUCAGAUCAUGCGCAUACUUGAUCAUCCUAAUGUCGUCCUACUGAAGCACUGCUUCUUUUCAACCACUGAAAAAGAUGAGGUGUACCUCAACCUUGUUUUGGAGUAUAUCUCUGAAACAGUCUAUCGAGCUUCAAAGCAUUAUGUUAGAAUGAACCAGCACGUGCCAAUCAUUUUUGUGCAGUUGUACGCAUACCAGAUCUGUCGCGCAUUAAACUACUUGCAUAACGUGGUUGGGUGUCAUCGUGACAUCAAGCCUCAGAAUCUACUGGUGAAUCCCCACACUCAUCAGUUGAAGAUAUGCGACUUUGGUAGUGCAAAGAAGUUGGUCCCAGGAGAGCCCAAUAUAUCAUAUAUAUGCUCGCGAUAUUAUAGGGCUCCAGAGUUGAUAUUUGGGGCCUCAGAAUAUACAACUGCAAUUGAUAUGUGGUCUGUUGGUUGUGUCUUGGCCGAGCUUCUUCUGGGACAUCCACUGUUUCCUGGAGAGAGUGGUGUUGAUCAGCUUGUGGAAAUAAUAAAGAUUCUGGGGACGCCUACCAGGGAAGAAAUUAAAUGCAUGAAUCCAAAUUAUUCGGAAUUCAAGUUUCCUCAGAUUAAAGCUCAUCCUUGGCACAAGGUGUUUAACAAGCGGUUGCCUCCUGAUGCAGUGGAUAUUGUAUCAAGGCUACUCCAAUAUUCACCAAAUCUACGUUGCACUGCUUUGGAGGCCUGUGCUCAUCCUUUCUUUGAUGAUUUGAGAGACCCGAAUGCGACCUUGCCCAAUGCACGUGCCCUACCGCCCCUCUUUGAUUUCACAGCUCAAGAAUUGGCAGGUGCACCCUCUGAGCUGCGCCACCGCCUCAUUCCUGAGCAUGCGAGGAACUGAGCUCCAAUAAUCUUCCUGCAUCAUCAUCAGGAACAUGAGAUUCUUGGGUACUUGUCUACACUACACGAAGUUCAAACAUUCUUUAGCCUUCAGCUUCGACUGAGCUUAUAUGUGUAUGCUGGGAAUGGAGUCAAGUUAGUGGAUAGGCUUGUCAAUCUAGGAAUUUCUCAUAAAUCGACCUCUGAGUAGAGUCUUGGAGGAAAAGGUGGAGCUGCCGAACGAGACCCGGCCACGUUCUACAGGAACAUCGAACAGGAAUCGUCGAGGCUCAUUGCUGAAAUCAUCGCCAUGCCAAUUCUUUGUUUUAUUUACUUUCUUUUUAUUUGGGGGUGGGGGUGGGGGUGGGGGUGGGGGGUGGGUUUGCAUUUUUUUUCUUCUUUCUUUGGCUAUUGUUUUGCUGGAUACAGCGCGCGCUGGGGAGUGAGUUUGUAAUGUAGACUAACAUGAUGCAAUCGCUUAGUGCGUCCGGCAUGACGUGGGCAUGUAUUUCAACACACGUUAUCGAUUCGAUAGCACUAAUAGCAGCAUAUGAUAAUUUAAGCUCUA